AUGUCUUCCGGCGAGGACUUCACCUGUUUCUAUGUGGCCGAGAUGAUCAUAGCUAUCGAGUCAUGCCACAGACAUGGCUUCAUUCAUCGUGACAUUAAACCUGAUGAGAGGUUAGACGUCAAGGUGGUUGUUUACGUGAUUUCCAUCAAGAUCAUGAUAUUGCUCAUCAAUACUCCAUCCGCGUCGAACAGUACUGACUUCGUGACAAAACCUAGACAGCCCAACUGGCAUCUCAGAAAUUCCCGCGAUCGUGUGUAUAUCCUUGGCUUUAUCUUGAGGUCGUGGACCUUCUUCAGUGUCAAGGAGGGGUAUUGGAAGUCGGACGCGUUCAUGGGUACUAAGGCCUGUUUCCAGAAGGCACUUGUGAACGUGACUGGAUCCCCGUUCAGUCAGUACCAUGUCCUUGCGCCGCUGAAGAGUGGUAUCCGUUCGCGACUGGACACUUGGAACAUACAUAGUAUCGCCAGCAUGAUGUUUGCUGCUGUCGGAGCUUGGAUGGUCGUCCGCCUCAGCAUGUGUGCCCCCAGAUCGAUGGCUCACUCGCCGCUGCUCGAGGAGAGCAACCGACUGGAGAGAGAAUGCGCCCACUUCCACUAUAGCGAGAGGGGCGGGCGAGCACAUUGGGAGACUCGAGCUUUGUUAUGGACUCCGGCCUAUCGACUCCAUGUCAGCUAUGUUCCAGGCAUCAUGGGGAGCGCGACGUCGCUUCUUCCACAGCUAUGCGAGCCUUUCACCCCAGUACUUGCACUGUAUCCUCCACAUUCAAGACCAUGCAUCAAUGCUCAGAACUCCAGCACUGGCAAAGCCUUUGGCCUAUUACCUGGACCCAGGAAAUGCAACGUUAACACUGCUGAUUCGAGGACGUCGAGAGGCAGCAGUGUUGGAGAGGUUGUCAUCUUUGCCGCGACACGGAACAGGGAAUAUCGCUCGAAUUUCAAAAUUGUGCCACCCAAGGCAAAGAGACGAACAUGGCACGACGGGCUGCAUAAGAACUGCAGUGGAAAACCUGGAUUUCACUCUUGA